UUUUGCUUUUAUCAACCGUUUCGUUGCUCUGUGAAAUCACUAGUGAUUUUCUCUUGGAUAUUCGCAGACUUUCAUCCGACGUCCCUACAAAUAACGUGGAUAUUCAGUCUUCAAUAUAAGAGAAUGCCAUGCUUAAUUCUGGUCUGUAAAUCCUCUUGAAAAUGGAAAAUAACGUCAACGAAGCUCAGAUUUUGAUUGUUGUCAAUAGCCUUUUAGAGGCUUCUGCUGAUCGUGAUGAGUGUGUCCGAAAAGCGGUCUGUGAAUCACUAUGGAAAAUUUCAAAAGUCCAGCCAAACAUUGUGGUCAAAUAUACACUUAAUUAUCGGAGGAAAAACUCAAAGUUAACAUCUGCCAGCAUUACUCAUGUUCUCCAACUCCUCAAGCGAAUUUGUGAAAACUGUAUCAGCGAUCUAGAGCCAACCUUGGUGAAACAGCUAAUAACUUUCUCUUUUGACGAAAUGAUGAAAAACACAUCAUAUACCAGCUUUCCAGCAGCGGAUAUAUUGAAUGCAAUAUGCGUUAAAUAUUGCAGAGAUGUAAUGGACUGUCUCCUCUCAAAACUUCAGCCUGGUGCAGUUCCCCAUCAGUCAUUACUCUAUGCAAUUGGAAAUAUUGCAAGCUGCAACCUCCCUGAGUUUGUAGUCUAUGUCAACUCCGUUCUUAUCAAUAUUCGCCCAAUUAUUCCAGCAAUCAAAAAUGACUCACAGCGCCAAUUAAUAACUUUUGCAAUGGAGAAACUGUGCGAGUCUGUUUUGGAGAACCACGUGGACAAAGAUACAAAAAUCUCCAAGGUUUCAUCAGAAUGUGCUGAAAAAAUUCAUGCUGUUUAUGAUUUAUUCAUAACUCAAUGGGCUGCAUCGAAGGAUGUGAAGACUGUCGAGGGUGUUGUAUCUGCAAUCGGUCCAAUGUUCAGCUUACUGGAAGAAAAUCGGCUCGUAGAACAAACUCCAAGAACGGUUAAUUUUUUACUUGGACUGUACCGUCGUUCACCUCAUCCCCCUCGUUACAAAAUAUCAGAAGCUCUCUCAACAGUUCUCCAAAUUGCGCCACCUGUGCCUUUAGAACCAAUGCUUGACAAUAUCAUUCAUACGUUGCAUGCCAUGGUUUGGGUGCAACCAGAUUAUCGGGAGCCAGUCACAGUGAAGAACCAUGGUGAAGUUCUGCGCUGCUAUGAUCAAAUUGGGUAUCAUUUUCCUGAAAGACUAAGUGACUUACUGAUUCGACAAGUACGGGGUGGAAGUGAAGCUGACAGAGUAGCUGCUCUCACUGUAAUUUCGCAUCUUCUUGGCUCCUCUGAUUCUGUUUUAAGCUUAAGAAUGUCGGAUUUGAUCAAUGCUCUGCAUGUUUUAUCUGAUGCGUCUGUGAAGGUGAAGAAGGCUCUAGUUAGAACAAUUGUUGUUCUAGCUUGUAAAGAAUUUUUAGGCUCCUCUGAUGAAUUAUUCAUUGAAUUCCUUGUGAAACAUUGUUGCCCUCUAGUAUCUUGCAAUGGACCAGAAUGGAUUGAGUUACGUGAAGUUUGUUGCUCAACUAUAACUCUGCUGAGUUCGACUGUUAAAACGGUUUUUCCAUUGUGCUGGAAGGUUCUUCUGCGUUUACUGCUUGCGCCUGAAUUUACGGCAGCCAUUUUCGUCAUUACCAGUGCUCUUACAAAGAUUGCAGAUAAAAGUAACUUAGAACCGCUGAAUACAGAAAAAUUUCCAUCUAACAACAUUCAAGCUGUAAUAACCAGAUGUAUUGGUCUAUUAGGAGCACCUCAAGAAACAGAUCGUGGUAUCAGUAUUCUAAAUUUUCUUGUUCGCUAUUCACCACAUAUCAGUGAUGAUGUCUCUACCCUAUGGAAGUUGAAAAUUCCUCAACUAAUUAGUUAUUUAGAAUUAUCCGAGUAUGUCGAGUCCGAAUGGGAGUCUCUCAUGCUGGAGUUUCUGGACGAAACGCUUCGAGUGAGCUCAGAAGAAUUUUCCACAAACCUAGUCUCUCAGUUCACCGCUCAGCUAUCCCUUUACCCACCAGUUGCGGCAAGUGAACAGAGGGCAAUGUUACUCAAAUCCAUGGCAAUCACAUUGAAUCAUAUCAGUGAUGUUGGCACUGUCAACGCUCAUUUGGAUGUUUUGUUCAACCCAGUUAGGUCCUACAGCUUGAAUGAUGCCAAGAUUUGUGCAAGAGCAGUCGGUAUUAUCUCCCGUAAGCAUGUUGUCACUGUCUUAUCGUAUUUGAAAAAUGCAUCGAACAAUGAAUUGACUCGCAAGACAUCUAGGCUACUAGGCUUCGUGAAAGACUGGAAACAAGAAGUGGAGUCAGAGAGGGCCAGAGCAACUUUAUUUUUAUGUUACGGCCAGCUCGUUCUGGAAGCACCUGCUGAAGAUACUUCUCCGCAUUUAAUUACAAUCACCAAUUGGUUGCUGACACAGUUCGGGAUGACAAAGGAUGUCGAAGUUUUAAAAGCUGGAUUUGAGACUGUCUCACAUAUUGCCAAUUUGUCUGCCAAAACGAAGAAAGAAGAAGAGGAUGUGCCAAAUAGUAAUAUAGCAUCAUGUCGAUCCCAAUUAGUGGCCUUAGCUUUGAAGCAACUUGGGUCUGCUCCUGAUCCAUUAUACAUCAAAGUCUUGGCGUCUUUAAUUAAAAUUCCACCUGCCGUUAGUGACGAAGAGAGAACUUUAAUUCUGCGAACUUGUUUCAAUGCAAUUUUCCAAACAGGUUUUGCAGAUAUUCCAAGGAUAGCGUUAAAAAAUUUGUGUUAUCUCCUAGAGGAGGUACUGAUCCAAUGUGCCACCCCUGCUAUCUUGGAUGAAAUUGUCUCCUUUUUACAGCCAUGGCUUGUUCAUAAAUCACCAUAUCAUAGAUCUGCAGCGCUUUUAGUCCUACGAUCAACACUGCAGUGUUAUCAAGAACAUGUAAAAUUUACUUAUGAGGAUGCCAGCAAGUUCGGCCACUCUGGUAUAAUAUUAGGCACAGCUUGCAUUCGAUCCUGCGAAACUGAUUUAUCAAUUUUCACCAUCGCUUUGGACUGUGCUCGCAUUGUACUGGUUGUUUGCUCACGCUUUGAAGGUCAUAGCGGAGGUAAUGAUUUUGAAUUACAAGAAUCUUUUUCCAAUUUGAAGAACGCCUCACCUCCAGAACUCAGCAUAACUUCAGAGACUUUAUCCAAAAUGAUAUGUAAUAAACUUCCGCAUCAUCAACUAGGACAUCUGGUUUUGAGUCUAAUUGAUGGUCUCACCGACAGCGAGUUUUUGAGCUCUCUGGGCGCAAGUCAAAUGUUAUAUCGCAUACUGUCAGUUAAAGGAGGAGAACUUUAUCAUAGUGCCAAUGAAAUCUUGGAUGGAAUUUUGUCUGCACUCAUGAAGUUAACCCCUGGUGAAGUAAGAGGUAGCAUUGUUACUGCCGUCAUAGAGUUCGGACGUCAUCAUCCAAAGAUUCUCAUCAACACCCUUCUAAAUCAGCCAAUACCAUUUCAUCCAGGAGUAAAUGAAGUUUGGAAAGGAUUAGCAUCACAUCCCACGCUGUCCUCUGAGACUCUCGACCAGUUAGUCCGAUUACUUUCAUCUUCGAACCUCUUUGAAGAAUCUCCAAAACAUGCAAGAGACAAAACGAAAAUUGCCAUAAUGGCUCCACUAGCUGUUGUCAGUGCUCUGCAAGAAUUAUUUUCUGUAGCUGUAAUGGGAGAAAUUGCUGAGUCCAGAUUUUGUGAAUUAUUUUCCUUGUUACUUGUAACUUUGGCCUCUUAUGUGGGAACUCUGCCUCCCAUAAACACAUCGGUUUCUACAAGUAGGAUUUCAUCUUUCAUUCCAAAUCGAGAAGUUGGGAAGAUAAGCCCCUCCAAAGUUGCCUUGGAUUGCUUCAAGAGUUUUUUACUGUGCACGAACUGUGAAUCAGCCAUGAAUUUUCUUGUUGAUAAUUCCCGCCCAGACCUCGGUGAAAGUUUACCAACAGCUUUUAUUCCUUUGAUGCCAACAUUGGUGAGGCGUGUGUGUGCAGCUAAACUGCAUCUUGUUAAUGACUUGGUCGACAGUAUUAGUCAGUAUGCUAAUAGUAAUUCCGAAGCUCAAAGAAUUGCUGUAAUCGCAUUCCUUGCUGAAUGUAUUGGUUCAUGUAAUUCCAGAACAGUUGAUACCGUGAUGGCGUUACUCCUUUCAUCUCUCAAUGAUUCAUCUCCCAUCGUUCGUUGUUGCAGUUUAAAAGGCCUUGGAUCCUCUUUCGAUCACAGUGCAAACAGUAUGUCAAAACAUGGCGAAAGUGUACUGAGUGCUCUUACGGAAGGAUUAGAUGACAACGAUGCCGGAGAAUAUCCAAAUAUUGCUUGCUCCGCUUUGACUGGUUUAGCAUCAGUCCUACCACACUUGGACUCCUCGCUAAUUAUUCCUGUUCUUGUUUCUCUAGCUCUACGAAUCAAACCAUUCUUUGAAAAGGAUGAUGUUUCAGUCCGCAGCAGUGCCAUUAAACUAUUUGGCGAACUCGCAAAACAUGAAGCCAGCAAAGGAAGCUCCCAGAAAAAUGCAUUUAAAGAACAAGUCAUCAAUAGCAUCGUAAUAUUUCUGUUGCAUUUAAGCGAGGAUGAAGAGCCAGUCAUUGAAGCGUGCAAAUAUGCUCUGUAUGGAUCCUGCCCGCUUCUGAGUAUCGGAGAACUAACAGAAUUAGUUGAAGCGCAGUUGGGGAAAGAUUCAUCUUUUGAUCAUGAAAUUUUUUUUGUACAAACAACAGAAAUUUUGGUGAAGAGCAUGCCAGAGUCAAUGCCAAUGUUCGUCAUGACAGCUUUAAUGUAUUGCAAAAGUGUUUGGCCAUCCAUCAGAGCAAGUGCAGCACUCUUUAUUGGAUUAAUUUUUAGAUGUCUAGAUUCUAACUCUGCCGGUAGAGUGUCGAUUGACUCAAUUUCUGCAAAAUUAAUGAUGCUUCUGCGGGACAAUGAUUUGAAUGUUCGAGCGCAAGCUGCUGCAGCCCUUGGAUGGCUUAUUUACGAUUGAUAGUGCCUUUUUUCCAGUGGGUAAUUCAUGCUUCGUCUAGUCCAAAUCCGAAUUUCAUCAACAACUUUUCACUUGGGCAAAACAAAUAGUAUGUAGGACAAGUAUUUAUGUAAGAAAGUAAAUUGAGAGAAAAGGGAAAUUUAAGAGUAACUGGAGAAAAAAUUGAUCUUUUCUUUUCUUAAAUUUGGAGGAAAGAUUAGAAUGGAAUUCUUUCUGCAAUUUUAAGGAAUGAUUAAUCAUCUUGGCAAUUUUGCUUACCAGUAGAAAUAUGUAUGCCGAAUUUUUUGUUUUCCGUUGUUCUGCGGCAGCUCAGGACGAUGCAUUUCGAUGGUGAAACUCCCAAACCAUUUAUCUCCGUUUGCAAUGUUGCAGACUUCCUGUCAUACUUUACUCUUUAAAUAGGAAACCAUUCAACGUCAACUCAAGGGACUCUCCAUGAUUUGUCCUCUCUGUGUGAGGAAUAUUCUGUGAAAAUCUCAAGCCAUGAUGUUGGUUCGGUCAUAUUAUAAAGAAAUGAAAGAGGAGCAGAGAUUUUGAAACUUGGUAAACAAGAUAAGUGGUCUGGGCGUUUUGUUGUCGAUUUUGGAUAAAUAGCGUGAAUGUUAAUUGGACGUAUCUACAACAGAACUACGGAACUAUGUGCAUUAUGACGCAAGCUCUGUUAUGCACAUAUUCUUAUGAAUCUCAGGGCUCAUGUCUUAAUGCACAUAGUUUCGUUUGAUAGAAAUACAUCCAAUAACAGUUUGAAUACGAACAAAUAUUCACAAUAUAUAAGUAAAUAGCUACUUCUAGCCAUAUAUGAAGUCCUGUUGUUCCUGGUAGAUGCAUUUCUCAAGAUGCUGUGUCAUGUCUUGUAAAUGUGGGAGUGUAACAUUUGUGUGUGUAUGUGCGGUUUCUGCUAAUUAUUGAAAGAGUUCCCUUUUUUUCCUCUCCGUACAAAGAUAAAUCAACUGUCACAUCAUUAUUUUGAUUCUUCUCAUAAAAGAACACUGCAUAAGCUUACAAUAUAUGUGGUUUCAGUAGUAAUUUGAAAGGAACACACAUCAGUAAUUGUAUUAGUCAAUAUUUUUUAUCUAUUUUUGCUUUACAAGGCUCAGUAAGCAACUUAUUCUUAAAAUGUUUAAAAAUGUGAUAGUUCAUUUAUCUCAUAUUCUAAUGUACUGUACAUUUAUAUCAAAAGACUGUUAGCAAAAUAAUAUAAAUGCCCGUGUGCCAGGAUAUACUUGUAGUUCUAUUAUUCAGCAAAAAAUCAAAUGUUCAAGUAAAAUUUAUUCUUUGUGAUAAAUAAUACCUUAUGAACGGGAAAUUUUGUGUCAAAAGUUGUAUGAUCUAUGAGAAUUCAUGCAGACAUCAAGAGCACCUUAAGUUUGAUUAAAAUGUAGGUAGAUGUCUUCCCUCAUUUGGCAAGGGAGACCUUUCAUUUUCUUCCCCCAACCUCAUUCCCAAAGAGAUUUUAUGUAAAAAUACAGAAAACUGAGUUUUAUGAACCUCCAUAUCUAUACUGCUUCAUCCAUUUCUGAUGAGAGCAAAGUUUUUCAACAACGUGGGGUGAAAUGAGAAGUGAAUAUACCAUAACCAUAAUUGUACCGUUAAAAUUGUUGCACGGUUACCAUUUUUCCCUUGGGAGUAGGGUUUUUAUGAUCAAAGAUAAUUUAUUCUGCAACGCUCCCGUUUGUGCAUUCCUCAGUGCUGUUUUUUUAUUCUUUGCUUUUAAUUUUUGUUUUGAAUUUUAUAAUUAUUAUUGUAUUAAUCGAUUUCUUAUAUAUGUUUUGUUAUUGUUACAGAUAAUUUUAUUUAAAUAAAUUUGUAGUCUUUGGACCUCAGUAAUUAAAGAAAAUAAUAAUGGAGCCCUCUUUUA